GGGGGGGUUGGAGGGGGGGUGGAGGGAUUCGCUCCCCUCGAUAUAAACCCCGCGCGACGCUCUGCGCUCACUCCGUAACUCCAGGGCCACACGUGUGAUCAUCCCGCCCCUGCCCGUUCAUCCCACACAGCAUCUGCAACCAACCACCACCAUCAUCAUCACCACCAACAUCAUCAUCAUCAGCAGCAGUACCGUCACCAACACCAUCGUUGUCAUCAUCUACCUUGGCAUUCAUGGUCGCAGCAGCUUUGGGCGGAGCUCUUAUCAAUGCCAUCAUCAUCGCCACCAACAUCAUCAUCAUCAACAUCAUUAUCACCAACAUCAUUAUCAACACCAACAUCAUCAUCGCCACCAACAUCAUCAUCCCCAACAUCAUCAUCACCAACAACGUCAUCAUUAUCAUCAUCACCAACAUCAUCACCAACAUCAUCACCAACAUCAUCAUCAGCAUCAUCAUCCCCACUACCAUCGUUAUCACCAACAACAUCAUCAUCACCAACAUUAUUUGUGAGGUCGCAAUACGCAGCAGCAGCAUGUUAAUAUUGUCACGGAAAUAAUAAUCAAAAAUCGUCGUCAUCGUCAUAAUCACAACUUUUGGUUAUUUUCCAUCACGAAGUUCAUUAUAAUCAUCACCCUCAUCGUUAUCAUUUAUCAAUAGCACGUAGCUCCUCGUCAUUACACAUUGCAGUACUAUUCAUUACAUUUCAAAAUAACAAUCAACCAUCAUCAGAGUAUUUAUUCACAUUCGUCACGGAUGUUGUCUUAAGCACAUCAUUAAAUAAUUGAUGAAGCUUCAUCACAAUCACAAUCAUCAUCAGCAGCAGCAGCGUGAUCCUCCGAAUCAAUCAUCGCCGCCCCACGAUGUUCAACCACACCCAGUACCCGUACAACUGCUUCAACUUCGACGACGAUGAUGGGCUGGAAGACAGCGAUGAUAAAAGAUCGAGACCGCCAUACAGCUACGUUGCUCUGAUCGCCAUGGCGAUCCGGCAGAGCCCAGAGCGUCGUCUCACUCUCGCCGACAUUUACGACUUCAUCCGCUGCAGCUUCCCCUUCUACCGCUCUGGCACCGCGUGCCGCCAGCAGGCGUGGCAGAACUCGGUGCGACACAAUCUCUCCCUCAACAGCUGCUUCCGCAAGGUGCCAAGGCCAGGAGGAAGCGGCCAGGGCAAAGGGAAUUUUUGGACAUUUUCUGCAGGAUGUGAAAACAUGUUCGAACUGUUUGAGAAUGGGAACUUUCGUAGGCGGAGGAGGCAGCAGCAGCAUCAUCAGCAACAGCAUCAUCAGAAGCAGAACAGCAGCAGGGUGCUUCGUCGUGGGAACAGCAGUCAGCAACUUCAUAAACAGCAUCAGCAGCAACAGGGCAAUCAUCAUCAUCAGAAUCAUCAGCAACAUCAGACUCACGAUCAGCAGCAGAAUCAUCAUCAGCAGCAGCAUUGUCAUCCGCAGCAGCAACACCAAGAUCAACAGACGCAAAUUAAUCAGCAGCAGCAUAUUAAUUACCACCACCAUCAGCAGCAGCAGCAGCAUCAUCAGCAAAGUUAUCAUGACCAGCAGCAGCAAGGGCAAAAGGAACAACACAAUUAUAAUCAUCAGCAGCAGCAUGAACAGCAAAUUCAUCAUCAUCAUCAGCAGCAGCAACAACAACAGCAAAAUCAUCACCACCAUCACCACCAGCAUAGCCAUCAUCAGCAGCAGCAGCAAGGGACAGGCAUCAUCAACUCUUCUGCGCUGCCUGCAUCGUCCAUUGUGUUCACGGACAAAGACGGUCUCCAUUGUGGGUCGUCCACCACCACCACCAUCAUCAACAACGACGACAACGACGACGAUAUCACCACCACCGCCACCACCAGCAGCACAAGCACGAGCAGCAUCAGCAGCAGGAGCACGACGAACUCAACAAGCGCUCGGAUCUCGUUCAGCAUCGAGUCCAUCCUGGCGGAGCGAGGGUUCUCAGCGCCAGCAGCUGCCGUCACGUGGAGCGCGCCCGGCUGGCCCGUGCCGGGCCUCUCGUACGGCCACCCAGGACCCAGCGUGGUCGGCCACCACGACACCGCGUGGUGACCAUUAAGCCACGGCGAUAAUAAUGAUCACUUACACUCCCCCAGCUAUCGCUCCCUCCCCCCUGUCAAUCUCCCCCUCUCUAUCACAUCCUAUCAACCCCCCUCCCUCCUUCCCUAUCACUUCCGGUGGUGGUGUGGUGGUGGUGCGGUGGUGGUGGUUCUGGUGCGGUGGUGUUGGUGUAGUGGUGGUGCGGUGGUGGUGGUUCGGUGGUGGUUCGGUGGUGGUAGUUCGGUGGUG